AUGGAAGCUUUGAUUCUCGUAGCGAACAUACAUCUAUACGAGAAUACAUCUGCCUCCACCAAAGAUGGUGCACUCCAAGAUGAAAAUCCAGACCGACUUCUGUGGUUCGCGAGGAUCAGAGAUUACAUGCUUCAAGCCGUAUCGCAUGACAUACGGCAGAGCAUAGAACUCAUUAUCAACUGCUUUAAAGAGGAAGGCUCCAAAGACCAGCGAAUGGCCCAUUGGUUGCUAAAUAUUCUUCAAAUGUGCGCAGUUCAUUGUACAGACAAGUUUAUAGUGACAUUAAACGAUCAAGCGGUUUUGAGCCCAUUUCGUAAAGUGCUGACUGAUCAGAGUUACAGUACCCAGUGUGAUGGAGUCGUACGUCUGAAGUUGUUUACGUUGUUGAAGGCCUGGCAUGAACAAUACAAAGAAUUUUUCCCUGAGUCUGCAUUCAAGAAGAUUUAUGAGGAUGUUUAUUAUGGUGGUGAACAGUCCGUCCUGCAGCCGGUUAACCUCCACUGGUUUCCGAACCGAACUAUAGUGAACGAGGCGUUAGAUUCCACCCCGUACGAUCUGGUCAGGGUUGGGAAAGAACUUUUGUCCUGCGGAAAUAAAUCCUUUUACCAUCUGAACUUCCUCUGCGCUUAUCCUGAACAUUCGAGCAUCAACCGUGUUCAGCGUGUUCUAUUUGAAGGCAAUUUACAGCGCAUUGGUCACGCGUUUCAGGCGGAACCACAAGACCUGGUAAAUGAGGCCUCCAUGACCCUCAUGCGAAUGGAAGUUGACGUGCGGUUUUGGGAAGACAUUAUGCAACACGCUAAAAUUCCCAAAGAAUCUUAUCAAGCCAUAGCCACCAUUGGCGACGAUCUUCGUAAGCUGAAGUCGGACGUGGAGCAAAUAUUCCAAAACCUAAACACCACUGACAGUUUUUCGUCUCGCUCGAGUGAACAGGGCUACGGCGUGCACGUGGAGGCAUUAUCGCAGGCAUCCCAUGAUCUACGGACAGGUGAAAACCGAAAUUCUGAACUUCAAUUUGGACGGCCAACUACUAGCAGUUUGUCAUCUCGCCCGGGUGAGCAGGGCUACGGCAUGCACGGCUCCCAUGACCUGCGGACAGGUGAAAACAGAAGUUCCGAACUUCAGUCCGGAUGGCGAUCCCUUACACUCACGGGCAACACCAGUGAUUUGUGCUUUUUGACCGCUGAUAGCUUGUCUUCUCGUCCGGGUGACCAGGGCUACGACAUGCCGACGAAAGCACUUACUCAGCCUUCCGAUGAUCUGCGGACAAGGCAAAAGAAAAGUUCCGAAAAUCAGUCCGAACAGCCACUGACUAACUUUUGCUUAAGUGUCUGCCGACGACCGACUACCAUGUUGCGCUGUGCCACUCGAUGUGAUGAGUCUGCUGAAGAAUCCAUAAUGACGUGA